AUGUCAGGUCCAAAUCUACACAACGCUCUGCUCCGCCCGCCCAUUAUCCAGAUUCUCCGUGCAGCCGGCUUCCACGCAACCCGUCCGUCAGUCCUAGACACCCUUGCCGACCUCACGGCCCGCUACGUGAUGAUCCUGGCCUCAUCCGCAACCACGCACGCCGCCAACGCCCACCCAAACAACCCCGUCCCCACCCUGGAAGACAUCUACCAAGCCCUACAAGACGCGGGCGCGUUGCGACCACAACUCCGCGAGUGGGAAGAAGACUGGCACGGUGACGAAGACAUGCGAGGACUGGAAGGGUUUCUAGGAUGGUUCACGGGCCCGGCGAAUCGGGAAAUUCGACGCAUCGCGGGAUUCCUACCGAGCGAGGGUGACGUUGUGGAUACGGAUUUCCUGGAGAAGGAAGAUUAUCUCACGGUGUUGAAGAAGAAGCACAGUAAGACGGGAGAGGAGUCGAGAUAUGCGGGAACUGUCCUGGGAAAGAAUGCCGAGGAACAUCCGAUUGUGAUUGAGGGCGGUGCGCCGAGCAUCCAGGAAUGGGGGUCGCAGGUGCGUUCGCGGGCGCCGUAUUUCGCAGAGAGUGAUUCUUCCGGGGUUAGCAGUGCGCCGAGCAACUUGUCGGACGGGGAGGGCAUGGAUGUGUGA